AUGCCUGAGAAAUUCCCCGAAGUCGAGGGCGGCGGCUCCCUGAUCCUCGCGUGGCAGGUAAAGAACAAAAAGGUCCUCAUCGUCGGCGGAGGCGAGGUAAGUCCACCAACCUAAAGCACCCCUCGCCUCGUCUCUGCAUUGACAUUGACACCGCAGCCCAGGUAGCCGCGGGCCGCAUCCUCAACCUCCUCAAUGCAGACGCAAAAGUAACCGUCAUCUCCCCCCAAGAUGGCCUCAACCCCGAAGUCGCCUACCGCAUCUCCCACCGACAGGUCCAUCACGUCGAUCGGAAGUUCGAGCCCACCGACCUCGACGACCCCGAGAUAACGAUGGUGCUCACCGCCGUAGACGACCCCGAAGCCUCGUCACAGAUCUGGAAGCUGUGCAAAGAAAAGCGCAUAGCAGCAAACAUCGCAGACGUGCCGCCCGAAUGCGAUUUCUACUUUGGCAGCGUACACAGAGAUGGACCACUGCAGAUCAUGGUGUCUACAAAUGGUAACGGACCAAAGAUUGCGAACAUCGUGAGAAGGAGAAUCGCGGCUAGCUUGCCUCCCAAUAUCGGCGACGCGAUAAAGAAGGUGGGCAGAUUGAGACGGAAGCUGAGGGAAGUUGCGCCGAACAUAGAAGAGGGGCCGAAGCGGAUGCAAUGGAUGUCUAAGGUCUGCGUGGACUGGAGUCUGGAGGAUCUGUGCGACAUGGAAGAGGAGGAUAUGGAGAUCCUGCUACAAUCGUAUGCGCCGGACAUGGUACCGAGUUUGAAUGAGGUCAGGGGACCGUGGGAAUUCGACGGAAGUUACGGCUGGGCCUGCGUUGUCUAG